CUCUGCCACCGGCUGGGCCCCCGGAUCCGCCGCGACGGGUAGCGCGAAAGGUCUGGAAACGCCUGCCGGCGGCGGGGCACCGAAAGGGCCUCGAGGCCCGGCGGGGUCGAAGUUCGGAGUUGGCGGGUCCGAGGCCCCGCCCGAGAUGCGGAAUCAGAAGCUCAGAGAGGUGAAGUGACCUCACUGAGGCCGCACAGCUCCUAAUUUGGACUGUGACUGAAUUGGAAAGCUGGAGUGUCUGGGUCCAAAUCGGUGCCAAGUUCCGGGAAACGGGAGGAGGGGAAAGUUAACAGGCCACUGGAGCGACGGGCUAUUUGGAAGUGAAACACGGCAGAAGGGGAAGCAGAGAGUGAGGGCCAGGCUCCGCCAGGUCUGAUGGCUGGCAGACAGCUGUAUCUGUACUCACUGCUGAGUUUCUUCUGUGUGGGGCUGCUGAUGGUGGAGAUGGUGUCUGGGACAAGGGGCCCAUUUAUAGGGGCCCACAUCGGCUCCCAGUUUUCAGCCUCAGGUGUGAACCAGACCCCCAUGGAAGACGUGAGCAUCCAGUGUCGUGAUGUGUGUGGCCUGAACGUCUCUGACCGCUGUCCCUUCAUCCGGACCACCCCUGACUGCCACAGUGAAGGGGGUUACCUGAACUACCUCGAAGGCGUCUUCUGCUACUUCCCACCUGACCUCCUCCCUCUGGCUGUCACCCUCUACGCUUUCUGGCUGCUUUACCUGUUUCUGAUUCUGGGAGUCACCGCAGCAAAGUUUUUCUGCCCUAACUUGUCAGCCAUCUCCACCGUGCUCAAGCUGUCCCACAAUGUGGCAGGCGUCACCUUCCUGGCAUUCGGGAACGGCGCACCCGAUAUCUUCAGCGCCCUGGUGGCUUUCUCGGAUCCGCGCACGGCCGGCCUGGCCUUUGGGGCGCUGUUUGGUGCGGGCGUGCUGGUCACCACCGUGGUAGCGGGUGGCAUCGCCAUCCUGCGCCCCUUCACAGCCGCCUCCAGGCCCUUCCUCAGAGACAUCAUUUUCUACAUGGUGGCUGUGUUCCUGACUUUCACCGCACUCUACCUCGGCAGGGUCACGCUGGCAUGGGCCCUGGGUUACCUGGGCUUGUACGUGUUCUACGUGAUCACUGUGGUUCUCUGCACCUGGAUCUACCGAUGGCAGCGGAGGCGGUCCCUGGUCUACUCCAUGCCAGGCACUCCAGAAAUGCUCUCAGAUUCUGAGGAGGAGCCCGUGUCUUCCAACAGCUAUGACUACAGUGAAGAGUACCGACCACUGCUCUUCUAUCAGGAGACCACGGCUCAGAUCCUGGCCCAUGCCCUCAACCCCCUGGAUUACAGGAAGUGGAGGAGCAAAUCAGUGUCUUGGAGGGCCCUCAAGGUGUUCAAGAUGCCCGUGGAGUUCCUGCUGCUUCUCACUGUCCCUGUUGUGGACCCCGACAAAGAGGACGGGAACUGGAAACGGCCCCUCAACUGCCUGCACCUGGUCACCAGCCCGCUGGUCUUGGUCCUGACCCUGCAGUCGGGGGCCUAUGGCGUCUAUGAGAUAGGUGGCCUCCUUCCUGUCUGGGCUGUCGUGGUGAUUGCGGGUACGGCCAUGGCUGCGGUGACCUUUUUUGCCACAUCCAACAGCGAGCCCCCCAGGCUUCACUGGCUCUUUGCUUUCCUGGGCUUCCUGACCAGCGCCCUGUGGAUCAACGCGGCAGCCACGGAGGUGGUGAACAUCCUGCGGACCCUGGGAGUGGUCUUCCGGCUGAGCAACACUGUCCUGGGGCUCACGCUGCUGGCCUGGGGGAACAGCAUUGGAGAUGCCUUCUCAGAUUUCACGCUGGCCCGCCAGGGUUACCCGCGGAUGGCAUUCUCAGCUUGUUUCGGCGGCAUCAUCUUGAAUCUGCUGGUGGGAGUGGGGCUGGGCUGUCUGCUCCAGAUCUCCAGGAGCCCCAUGGCCGAGGUGAAGCUGGAGCCAGAUGGACUGUUGGUGUGGGUCCUGGCGGGCGCCCUGGGCCUCAGCCUCGUCUGCUCCCUGGUCUCGGUCCCGCUGCAGUGCUUCCAGCUGAGCAGAGUCUACGGCUUCUGCCUGCUCCUCUUCUAUGGGAGCUUCCUUAUGGUGGCCCUGCUGACGGAAUUUGGGGUGAUCCGCUUGAAAAGUGUCUGAGUGCCGCCUUGCACCUGGGGCCGCCUGGUGGCCGGGAGGUGUCAUUGCAGGUGGCGAGAUGGACGUCAGUCUGCUGCGGGCCCGCUGCCUCUGCUGGAGGUUCCUGGUUGUCGCCCUGCGCAGGGACAACAGCUAAGCCUUGUUUCUGGGACAUCGGAAACGGGGCUGUGCUGUGGACAAAGCUGCGGACAGAAGGUAGACUUCCUUCUACCUUCUUGGCUUAUCUGUGGAGCCUCUUGGAGGCUGAGUGCCUUCCGGGCCGGUGCCAGAAGGGCGGUGGAGUGUUCUAGGGCCUGUAGCCGUGCCCUGCUCCCUUCCUGCAUCUUCUCCUCAGGGCUCACUCAAACCGCUGCCAAGCCCGGGCUUAUUAGGGUGACAGGGCAACUCAGAGGGUGGGCAGAACACAGUGAGCGUCAGGCCAUCCCGGGCUGAGUCUUAGAGCUGCACCAUCCAACAGAACUAGAACGUGAGACCCAUACCGAAUUCUGAAAUUUCUAGUCACCAUGUUAAUAAAAGUCAAAAGAAACAGGUCCUAUAUUAUAUGCAUUAGUGAAUGGCUCCAAAAUGUGAGCCUAUGGCCCUGGCCCGAUUACGGCCACUGGCUUGGAUGGCACAGCUCUAGCCUCUACCUCUAGAAAGGCCUGCUGGCUGCUGGCAGACUCCUCUGUGCCCUGAACCUUGGGUUUUUCCCCAGCUGUGCAACAGGCAUCAGUUGGACCAUGCCCUGUCCUACCUCAGGGGGAGCCCUGGGCCGGGGUGCCAACACUUGGAAGCUCUAGGGAGGACGGAGCGGGUGCUCCCCAGUGCCUUCCCGCUGCCUUUUCAAAAAGCAGCUCUCCAGUUUGCCCGAAUGCCUUCUGCCAGCAGCAGCGAGGCGAUUCAAAUGUCUUUUUUUCCAGUGAAAAAAUUAAUAAAUAUUUCAAGUGUCCA